AUGUUUCAGAAGAGCGCACCCGCACAAAAACAUACAAGGAAUAAAAAGACUUGCGGAUCGCAUGUGGAGGAAAGAUCUGUAUUUGACCAGAUUGCGGUUGCUAUAAUGUGGAUACAGCUGGCACAGUGCAAUGAAGGAGUGCUAUACCACAUAAGCUACCUUUACAUAUGCGGGUUUCUUGCACACAUAUACACAAAGAGCCACUCAAGAGAUGAGGUGCUUGUUGGAAUAGGGUCUAUAUAUUGGCUUCUGCAAAAGACACAGAUCCAGGCUGAGUUGUUUUUUGCCAUAGGAACCCGAAAUCUGGAAAUCCCAUUUGUCACUGCACUCCGCCAGGUAGCAAUGUAUGGGAUAAAAGCCCUUAUAAAGGACGUAAAGAAAGAGAAUGGGCUGAUGCUGUGGGCACAGUGUACAGCGUAUAUAUCUCUUUCUCUGUGCCUACUGUGUCUUCUGGUUUAUUCCCGGGCUUCACUUAACGUCAAGAGAAAAGCCUUUCACUAUAUACUUUUUUUCUAUUGCUAUCUUUUCCCUUCAGAGAUAGUCAUGGUGCACCUGGUGUGUAUUCUUUUCCUUUUCCAGCUGGCUUCCAGAAUUAUUCAGAUGUUUGGGCAUAUAUUCAAGACAAGUGAGAAAGAAAUCUUUUCUCUGCUCACCUCAGAGAAGGAUGAGAAAGAAGUUACCUCACACAUUAUACUACUUUCCUCGUUUAUUUGUGUUAUUGGCGGGGUGCAGGAAGACAGGAACAGAAUGCUCUUCAUUCUCUCAGGAGUUGGCAUAAUAGAUUCAGUUGCAUGCUUCUUCAAGAAGUCACAAAACACACACAAGAGCAUGAUAGGGGCUAUGGUGGGGGCAAUUGCUGCAAAGGUAACUCUAUGCUGUCUUGGUAUACACUAUCCUCUAUGGAUGUAUAUGGUGCUUGGGAUGGCUGAGUACAAGUCAAAGAUGAACGAUAAUAUUAUCCUUCCUGUGAUUGGGUAUGCUAUAAGCAGCUUUCCAUGCAAGUAUGCUUAA